CUCACCUAAAUCACCUAAAAUCACCUUUCUUUGCAAAUAUCAAAUUUGGGUAUUUCCUCUGAAAUCUGCAUUUUGUCAUGGUUUUUCUGUAAUGGCUGCAAAAUCCCAUCUCUUUUUCACUCAGUAGAACAACCCCAUUUCUCCAUUUCCUUCUCUGAGCUCAUAUCCGGUAAAAAAAUCCCAUCUUUCUUCUUCGUUUUUCUCACAAUGAGUAGUACACAGGCACCUAAAUCUUCAAAACCCACAAAGCCCGCUAGCGCCAUUUCGUCUUCCUCCUCGACCCCGGCAAAACCCUCGUCUCUUUCUUCUCAUCUCGCCAUGGUAGAACUGAAGCAGCGCAUUUUGACUUCCCUUUCCAAGCUAUCGGAUCGGGAUACCCAGCAAGUCGCCGUGGAAGAUCUGGAGAAGAUUAUCCAGAGUCUUUCCCCAGACUCGCUUCCCAUGCUUCUUAACUGCCUUUUCGACUCCUCUAACGAUCCGAAGCCUGCCGUUAAAAAGGAAUCCCUGCGGUCGCUAACGAUGCUGUGUCAUUGCCAUGGUGAAUUGGCAGCAUCCCACUUGACGAAAAUUAUUGCUCACAUUGUUAGAAGGCUAAAAGAUGCAGAUUCUGGGGUUAAGGAUGCGUGUCGUGAUGCUAUAGGUGCACUCUCCGGGCAGUAUUUGAAGGGGGAGAGUGGGGGUACUGUGGUGGGGUUGUUUGUGAAACCGUUGUUUGAGGCAAUGGGGGAGCAAAACAAAAGCGUACAAUCUGGAGCAGCAAUGUGUAUGGCUAAGAUGGUGGAAUGCGCGGCUGAGCCACCUCAAGCUUCAUUCCAGAAGUUGUGCCCGAGGAUUUGCAAGUUGCUGAACAAUCAGAAUUUUAUGUGUAAGGCUGCACUAUUGCCAGUGGUGGCGAGUUUGGCGCAGGUAGGAGCAAUUGCACCACAAAGCUUGGAAUCAUUGCUGCAAAGCAUCCAUGAAUGUCUUGGCAGUUCAGAUUGGGCAACACGGAAGGCAGCAGCUGAUGCUUUAAGUGCCUUAGCUUUGCAUUCAAGCAACUUGAUUGCGGAUGGAACUGCCUCCACAAUAGCGGUGCUUGAGGGUUGCCGCUUUGACAAGAUAAAGCCUGUUAGAGAUAGCAUGACAGAGGCAUUACAGUUAUGGAAGAAAGUUGCUGGGAAAGGUGAUGGAUCUGCAGAUGAUCAGAAGGCCUUGUCACAUGAUGGUGACAAUCCUCAACCAGCUGAGAUGUUGGCAAAGAAUGACAUGAAAAAUUCAAAUCCUAGUGACGCAAAAACUGAUCCAUCAGCAAAGAAUUCACCUGAUGGUUCAUCCUCCACUUUAGAUGCUGCUUCCAAAGGCAAGGGUGGAAGCAUUCCUGACAAAGCAGUCAUCAUUUUGAAGAAGAAAGCACCUGCAUUAACUGACAAAGAGCUGAAUCCAGAAUUCUUCCAGAAGCUUGAGACACGGGGUUCUGGUGAUUUGCCAGUUGAGGUAGUUGUUCCUCGUCGAUACCUUAAUUCUUCAAAUGCAAAGAAUGAAGAAGAAUUGCAAACUAAUGAUUCAGACUCAAGGAGAAGGUCAAGUGGCAUGGGAAACAUCCAGUCAGAGGAUCUUCAGGGAUCUUCCAGCAGCAGGUAUCGUAACAUGGAGAGAGGAACUGCUGGUUUGCGGGAUAAAUGGCCUGAAGACAAAACAAAUGGGAAAGAUCCAAAUGAUAGGAUUGAUGCAAGUCAAAGGGAAUCAUCUGGAAAUCGUUUGUGUUUCCCCAAAACAGAUGGACAAUCUGAAGGAUCCUUCAUCAGCAACAAAGGAAACUGGUUGGCCAUUCAGAGGCAGUUGUUACAGAUGGAGAGACAACAAGAACAUCUAAUGAACAUGUUGCAGGAUUUCAUGGGUGGUUCUCAUGAUAGCAUGAUAACUUUAGAGAACAGGGUUAGGGGUCUUGAGAGAAUUGUUGAAGACAUGGCACGUGACUUGUCAGUUUCAUCAGGCAGGAGAAGUACUUUUACAAUGGGGUUUGAAGGUUCCUCUAAUAGACCUUUGGGGAAGUAUAAUGGCUUUGCUGACUAUGGUGGUGGUGCUAAGUAUGGUGGGCGGAUUCCAUUUGGAGAAAGAUUUUCCCACUCUGAUGGUAUUGCUCCAAGUAUGAGGGGAAGGGGUCCCCCUUGGAGAACAGACAUGUCAGAUGAUUGGGAUUUUCCUGCAUAUGGUGCUUCUAGAAAUGGGCAGCCUGCCUCCAGAAGGGCUCCUGGUGGAAGCACUCUUGAUGAUAGAUCACCUAAAUCAGACCAUGAAACUGAUCAGGUUGGCAGCAGGAGAGGUUGGGACAAGGGACCUGGACCCGUUAGGCUUGGUGAGGGGCCUUCUGCCAGAAGUGUUUGGCAGGCUUCAAAAGAUGAAGCCACUUUAGAAGCAAUUCGAGUGGCUGGGGAGGAUGGUGGAACAGCACGGAGGGUACGUGUCCCUGAAUUAACUGCUGAAGCCAUUGGAGAUGAUAAUAUCAGGCAGGAGAGGGAUCCAAUCUGGACGUCUUGGAGCAAUGCAAUGCAUGCCCUUCAAGUGGGUGAUAUGGAUUCAGCUUAUGCUGAAGUUGCAUCUACUGGAGAUGAUCUCUUACUAGUGAAGCUAAUGGACAGAUCAGGUCCUGUGUUGGAUCAACUCUCAAAUGAGAUAGCGAAUGAGGUCUUACAUGCUGUUGUUCAGCUUAUGCUGGAACAGGAGUUGUUUGACAUAUGCCUAUUGUGGAUUCAACAGCUUGUAGAAGUUGUCCUGGAAAAUGGACCUGAUGUGUUGAACAUUCCCAUGGAGUUGAAGAAGGAUCUUCUAUUGAAUUUGCACGAGGUUUCUUCAGCAAUGGACUCUGCCGAGGAUUGGGAAGGUGCUACACCUGACCAACUCCUGAUGCAGUUAGCAUCCACCUGGGGUAUUGAAGUUCAACAGUUUGCGAAGUAGUUUCCAUGGUUCUUGUAUUCUGUAUUGUGCAUGCCAACUUUUUGUUCUGGUUUCUUGUUGAUAUAUAUACUUCAAAUGAAUUGAAUGUCAAGUGAAAAAGGAAAAACAAACUUUUGCAUAGUGUUGAUUGAUUCAAGUUGGCAAUGCCAACAUAUCUGUUCUUCUAUCAUAAUUUUCUGUUAUAUGUAAGAUUGUGCCAAACUCCUUUGACAAUGCAUAUUUCCUGUUAC